GUCAGAGGGCCUGGGUGGCAAGGAAGGGCUUGGGCCUGCUGUUUAGGGUGGACUGGGGCAAGGAGGGUGCCUGGAUGAAGGUCAGCUGAGGAUGAAGGUCACUGGCAGGGAAGGAAGUCGGACUCCCUGGUGGUGUGUGAAGUGGACCCGGAGUUAAAAGAAAAGCUGAGGAAAUUCCGCUUCCGAAAAGAGACCGACAAUGCAGCCAUCAUAAUGAAAGUGGACAAAGACCGGCAGAUGGUGGUGCUGGAGGAAGAAUUCCAGAACAUUUCUCCAGAGGAACUUAGAUCUGAGUUGCCAGAGAGACAACCCAGGUUCGUGGUUUACAGCUACAAGUACGUGCAUGCCGAUGGCAGGGUGUCUUACCCUCUGUGCUUCAUCUUCUCCAGCCCCGUGGGCUGCAAGCCUGAACAACAGAUGAUGUACGCGGGCAGCAAAAACAGACUGGUGCAGACGGCGGAGCUUACGAAGGUGUUUGAAAUCCGCACCACAGACGACCUCACGGAGUCCUGGCUUCAAGAAAAGUUAGCUUUCUUUCGUUGACCUUUGAGCCAGGGAUAUGGAAUCUUUACGCUUGAAUACUCAGACUCCUAGGCUGAUGAACAUCCAAGAGCUAAAUAAACGUUAAAAAAUCAGGAAUUUAG